AUGGCGGCGUAUGACGGAGCUGGAAACCCAAUGGAGCACGUCCUCAAUUACAAAACCUUCAUGAAGCUGCAGACCUUAUCGGAUGCCUUGAUGUGCAAGGUAUUCCCCACUACGCUCACGGGGCCAGCACGGACGUGGUUCAACAGCCUAGAAGCUGGGAGUAUCAGGAGUUUUGGGGAUUUGGCUAAUGUCUUCAUCAGUCGAUUCAUAGCUGGAGUGCCGGUUGACAGAAAAACCAGCUAUCUGGAAACAAUCAAGCAGAGGAGAAAUGAAUCGUUGAGGGAAUACGUAGCCCGUUUUAACAUGGAGGCCCUGCAGAUCCCUGAGCUGGAUGAAAGCAGAGCUGUAGAAGCCAUGCAAAAAGGGACAACCUCCCCAGAGUUCUUCGGCUCAUUGAGCAGGAAACCCCUACUUCGCUGGCGGAGCUGA